AUGGCAAUUCAUAAAGCUGCAAUUGAUCCUGAAUACACUGUGAAAAGCUUCACCAAAAUGGCAAAAAUAAAGCUGGAAUUUAUACUCCUAGGAAAUGCAUUCUGGGUUUUUAUAAGAACAGAAACCCUAACUUCUUUUCUCAUUAUCUUCAUCCCUUCCUCAAUCCUCACUCACCAGUCGCCGCAGCAUUCUUUUGCUCCAAGCAUUGUACUUUAUAGCUAG